GCUCUAAUAACCCCAUAAGCGAAACCUGGAAAGUUAUGUUAUUUUACGUUAUUGUAAUCAAAUUUGUAAAAUGAGCAGCCGUAAAAGUAGACUGAGUCUAACGAAAGAUCCUCACAAGGAUAAAGAUGUGAAAACACCGAAUGCGCGGCGUACAUUGGCACGCACAUCCAAGGGCAAAAUAAGCCCCGAAUCGCAAAGGAUUGAUGAAAGUUAUGAAGUGUCUCCGUCGCAGAGUAGCGACUACUCGCCCAUGGUACCAUCGACGCAGGACAAUUCUUUUCACGCCAUCAAUGGUGUGUCGUGGGAAUGGAACAGCCCGCAGCGGUUGCGAGACCAGCAACAACUAAAGACUGCCGCUGCCAACAACUACAAACACAAUCCUUCACUCAGGUCAAAAUAUUCCGAUUUACCGGACAAGGUGCUGAACAAAAAACCGACCGGAUUUAACAAAUUCAUCUCGAAGCUAAAUCUUCUAAUGGAAAAGGAGAAUCUCGUCGUAGAUCAAUUGGAUGCGGGCGUAUCUGAACAGACCCAGCAAUCCACGACAAAUCUUCUGAUGGAAAGGGAGAAUGUUGCGAAGGAUCAAUUUAACACAGCCAUAUCUGAACCAAUCCAACAUUCCGACCUUCCUGACGAAUCCUGUUUCAUCGAUGAGUUUUUCGUUGCAAGCGUUGUAGAGCAAAACUCACCAACCGCUAAAAGUGAGGACAGUGAUGAUGAUAUCUUCCAAAAACACUCCAAAAACAUUGAAACUCCCGUUAAGAAGAGUGCCCCAAUCGGUACUGAUCUUGAUGAUUCUAAACUGGACUUUUUGUUAAUUGAAGCAAGUCAAACAAUAGAGCAACGUUUAACCAAUCCACCUUCAUCUCCCCCACGGGCAGUGACGCCUUCACUGCCGCAAAUACAGCAAGAGCUUGUUCCAGGACCAAAAUCAAUCCCAUCCCGGCUUUCUAUUCCAAUUGAGAUGAAUGAUUCGGACAUGGAUGGGUUUCUGAUACAGGCAUCACUGAUGAUUGAAGAAAAGUUGAGCGAUAGUUCACAGGAUAGUUCAGCUUUGAACAGUAACGCCCAACAAACAGGGAAUCGUCCAACUUCUGGUAUUACCACCUAUGCUCAAGCUGCGGUUCCGCCAAAGGACAAACGGGACACAGUAACUGCAACUUCUACUACUAAAGGUUCAACGAGCGAGACGAUGUCACAGGAAGAACUCAAAGCACUCAUCGGGAAGAAGCGACAGGAAGCGCUACGACGAUUGCAAACGAAUCGAUUGAAAAGAGGCAUAAAAGGCACAAACUCUCACGGAUAGCAGUGGACCGAAUGAUGCAGGAUUUUUAAAAUCUGUUAUAAAUAAUGAUAUAAUAUAUAGUAUAUAAUACGUCCUUACGUCCGUAAGGAAGCGUGGACA